GACAACAUAUUGAAAAUUUUGAUGGAUUGAAUCGAGGCAUGCUGAGCAAGAAUAAUGAAACUAUUUAGAAAUUAAAUUCAAUUAACUUGCAGGAAAAAGAUAUGAAUAUCAAAGCAGGCUUUGCACCCUCAGUUUUCAUUUGUUUUACUUAAGAUUUCUUCAUAAGAAAAGCAAAAACGUGAAGUUCUUUUUUUUUUGCUGUUUUUGUUUCGUUAAACGUUAAUUGCAUUUAGUCUAUCAUAUCUAACCAUCUAUUUUGAUAAGAUCGACUUUUUUUCAACUUUUCAUGUUCAAGUAUAACAUUAUAUAUGACCAUGGUAUUUGUGCUAUUACAUUUUCCCACAAAGCCCACACAAGGAAUAGAUUUGCAAUGUACAUUAACCAUCAUAAUCUCACUAUACCUCUAGACCUGAUUGCCUCACCACACUACUCUCUCUUUCUCUCUCUCUCUCUCUGUUCUGAUUCAGUGAUUUUUUUUUCAAACAAACCCAUUAAUCUACUAAUACUUCUUUUAUUGCAGCACACACAUCGAUGUAUUUCUUCUAUUCAAACGGGACAUUUGUAUCACGUUCUCCUUGCUCUUAAAACCUCGUAAAACAAACGGACAAAAAGAAACAAGAAAAUCAUGAACUCGGUACCAGCGUGGAAAUGAUGUAAAAAAUGAUGCACUCUAAAAUUCUAAGAACCAACAUGAAAGGAACUGAAUAGGUGUUAGCGACGAGAAUAGGUUUUUCGAUCAAACUGGGAGGGUACGACAAUACCCAAUGAACACGGCGGAUUAAACAAACCCUGAGCGAACAAUUAAGUUUGAUUUUUCAGCUGAUAUAUAUUUGCACUUUGCAGUUUGAAAUGCCGAAUACAAUUGCCCUACGAUUAGCUUUUUGGAACGAAGACUGAUAAAGACCUGAUUGGCUGUCUGUGACGUUGUAAAGAACGUGCAAAGGUGAUAAUAAGUUAUAUACACGAUCCUGACAAGUACAUUAACAUCUAACAACGAAUUCUUAUCGACCGGUUUUAAUUGGUUUGUGAGCUUCAUUCCUCAGAGCUUUUUUAAUAAAUAUAUCAUAAUACACUCUACUUUGAGCCACACUUAUCAUAAAGCCUUACUGGACCUAAAAAAUAUCUUAAAUUCAACCUAUAAAGACUUAACGUGCAAUUAUCACUUCCAUAUCUAUCAACCGACUAUGCGCUACACGAGUUAUUCACCACAAAACGUUCGAUUCCUUUAUUUUGCCCUGAAUUCAUACCAGACAUGGGAUUCAUUUUGAAAUGGGAAAAAGUACAUUUUAAAUUUAUCGAUAUUUGCAUCUCAUGAAAAAUAACUGUUCAAACAAAGAUUAGCGUUUAUCUUCCCAAUACCACAAGUAAAGAGCAGCUGCUUUGCUUGAAAUAUUUCCUAUUCCUAACACAGACCUAUUUUGUUCGCCAAUAAAUUAUGCAUGUAAAAGCUACGUCUCCAAACGAGUCUUGAUCGUAUCACAAAGAAUAGUUCUAUAUGACUGAAAGAUUAAAUUGGACUUUUUUUUCGCCUAUAAAUGGAACAUAAUAAAACUACACCAAUAAAUGUGUUCUUUGUCUUCAAUUAUCUCUUUUCCUCCUGGUUCUCUUUUAUUUAAAUGUUUAUGAUGUUUAUUUUUUCGAAUCGUAAGCAAUGCAUCUUUGAGCCAAAUAAUCGAUGCUUUGAAUUUUUUCGUUCGCAAUGACAUAGCGUUUUGUGAAGUCAUUAAAGAACGCUUGUUUACCGCCAAAAUUCCACUAGAAUAAGACAGUAAAAUAGUAAACUAAAGAAAACACUCCUGAAGCGCGGUCAAAGCGUAAUUACAAAAAUUUGCAAUUGACUUUCGGACGGUUUUGUCAACACGACUUCGUCUUUUCUAUCUUCAGAAAAUAAACAUGAUUGAACUUGUCAAAAUACAGGAUUUGUCAGACCCGUUUCAUGAGCGAUAUUUCAAGAUAUCUUUUGAGAAGAAGUAUGUUACAGGUGAAAUAUCCUGCUGUACUUACCUCAUGUUUUAUGCACGCUCGUUCAUGUACGCCACAGUAUCUCGCUUUUCUCAAUUCACCAUAUCACUGAAUCGGAUACUCCAGUCUGGAUAAUAAGCCGUAUUAAACGCCAAUGAGACUUCGGACACGAUAUCUUCCCUUUCCUCAAGGCUUUUGACGCCCUGAUAGGAACUGUUUAGUUAACGUCUUUGUGCUCUAAGUAGAGUUCCUAUUUAUCGAAAAAAUAUUCAAACAAAUUAAAACGCAAAAAUUCAAAAGCUCUCUUGAAAGCCGAGUACCCCCUUCCGAGAGCGAAUCUUGAUAUUCAAAGGAAGAACAGAAUAGCUAGUAAUGACCUCUUGGAAAAAAUAAUGGCAAUUGAUAUUCUGGGACAAAACGCGAUAGUUUCCCCAUUUAAAUUAAUUCAAAAAAUAUCUGAAGAAUUUAUCAAGGAAAUCUUCACUGAUGUGUGACUCCUUACCGUUUGACUUUGUCCAAAACACAAUGUCAUUUGAUUUUAUGAUAUACAGAAGACAGCUUCUCGUCACAAAUGUGCACGUCGUCCCUUACCAAUAAUGGAAAUUAAAAUGGCUUAAUUUUGGAAACCGUACUUAUUUAUUACAAGAUCGUGUGAGGGCGCCGCAAAUUAUUCUUUUAAUUAUAGGCAGCUGACUGAUUUUCUGUUUUAUAUUAUUAUUAUUAUUUUUUUUGUUUCAAACCGCGCUGAUAAUAAAAAAAAGUAAAGCUUCAUACAUGUGCACACAACUUUGGGUGUCAAAGUCGUCUUUGUGUCAAAUUUAAUUUGAAAAUUAGAAAAAAAUAUAGAUCCUUCUUGCGCUCAAUUGUUUUGACAGGCCGAGCUUUUAUUACCCAAAUUUAUCAACGACACUACAUUACACAUUAAGGGAGAGCCAUGGAAGACAAACAUUUUCCACGAAGACAACCUUUUUUUUUCAAUGAAUUAUUUUCCACUCGUCACCAACGCAUAGCUUUCGUGAAGACAGUAAGCUCAAGACGUUUUAUGGCAACAAAAACGCAAUUUACAAAGAAUAUCCUGUGGAAUUUGGAUCAAAGAAUCUUUUUCAACCUGAAACUAAGGUUUAUCGUUUGGGAAUAAGGUUUUCUGUGCCAGAUUUGAAAUGACUGAUAGCUGACAGCGAUACAUUUCGUCUAAUUCUGGCAUUGAGAAUUUGGUGAUAAAUUUAUUUUGGAUUUUUUUCGUUUUAAAUUUUAAUACAAUUUUUGAAAUUUAUUCGUUGUAAACUUAACACUAUCUCCACCAACCACCUUUCUCUGAACGACGAAAGGCCCUGGGAACAAAGUCACUGAAUUCUCAAUCAAUAGACCAUAUUCGUAUUCUCGGUAUUGGAUUGGAUCUAGCUUGCAAUGGAGGUUCAUGCGAGGGAAUAUCACUAAAAAGAUAUAAAUUUCAUUUACAUUUGGAAAGACUCCCCGCAUUAGCCUCACUUGCAAGCUAGUUCCAGUCUAACACCGAGAAUACGAAUGUGGUCUAUUGAUUGGAGAGUGUUGGAUGAUGUGUAGGUAUAGAAGUAACUAGCCUGGGUACAAGUUAAUUUUGAACAAACAUGGCGCCCACGCUUUGUUUGUAUGUUUGUAUGGAAAGUUUGAGUUGUAUAAUGCACGUUAACACUGAGAUAGAUUUCCCGGCUAUAUAAAAAGGGAAAAUGUAACCAAAGUUUUUAGAAUGCCCGUAGCCGCCACACAAUGCGACAAUGCUUUGGUAAUAUGUUAAGCCCUUUUACACCGAGUUUUCCACCAUCAAGACCAACGUAAUUUUAAGAAUAUAUUAUUUGUAAGUAGAGCUUCAGGAAAUUCACAGAGUGAUCGAUAUCGGCGACUGUCUUGAUUGAUUUCCAUAGCUCGGAUCACAGUAAGCGCGCUUUGAAGUCUGGCUACAUAAACUAAGACUAACAAGUGGAAGGCAGCCAGCAUGCAAAUGACCAAGCAGUAUACAAAUGCUAAACAAAGACUCUUAAACAAAGGCAAUUCCAUGGUUAUCUACUCAGUGUGCUGGAUGUUACCCAUAAGACGGAAAAACAAAACCUCGUGGCUUUACAAUUUGCAUUUCAGUUCAUCCAAGACGGUGUUUGCACAAAAUUUACCGGUACCAGAAUUCCAUUAUGUCAUUACCGUACAUCGUCAAGCAGUUUCAGCUGAAACAUGGUUGAUUCAUGUAUGGUUCAUUGAGCACUGUUUAGCAAGGGCAGGUGGGACACCGUGCCAAGCCACCGUCAGACAGAAGUGAAGAAAAAAUAACUCGACACUGUUUUCGCUUUUCUCUAACGAAGCAUUUACACUGACAAAUUGAUGAAAACGUUUCACUAAUGAACGUAAACUAGUUCAUCUGGAAGAGUUAAUUCCUUUGAGAGCAGCGUUUUAUAUUUUGCAAUCGCGGCAUUUCUUUGACGUCAAUUGAUUCAGUGACAGUGAGACGUUUGUCGGACGCAAGUUUCUCCUCGUAAAAUUGACACCGAAUAUUUAACAUCGCAAGUCGUGCUUAAACGUCAUCUGGGAGAACGAAUUGAUCAUGGGAAUUUUUCAAGAACACAGAGAAAAUGGCUAAUGAUAUGUACUACCCAACGGCACGGUCAGCAAAUAAUGGUCGCUAAGGAUGCCCAUUGAAACAGAUUAUUUGAACUCUAGGGGCUACAAUCCCUUGGAAUUCACAACCGAUAAAACAGUCGUUGAAGAAGUCUUAGUGGUCGUAAAAACACAGCACACCUCUUUGUUAGAAAUACUGCAGCGGGGUUUCGUAGACGCACACAAUUUCGCAAACAUGGCGUGUCCGCAACAGUCACCGAAAAAGAAGAAACACAAAGAUGCUAACAGCGACGAAGAAGAAGACAAAGAAGACGAGAUCCCGACAACUUACGAGUUGUGGCAGGACUUCUUGCAUAGUCUCACACUUCACGGAUUUCGCUUCAUUUUCGAGGAAGGGCCGAAAAUUCGCCGAGUUAUCUGGCUCAUUAUCCUGAUACUUGCGGUUAUGAUGUUGGUAUUGCAGAGCAAGAAAAGUAUACAAAAAUACUUUGAUCGCCCAAUCACCACUACAGUACAAGUGGAGUUUCUGGACGAGAUUAUCUUUCCCGCCGUGUCGAUUUGCAAUUUCAACUUGUUUCCUUACUACCUCAUAAAUGGUACCAUUGGAGAAAAGGUCAUGUCGAUUCUAGCACCUCAAAAGUACAUCGACAACAAGGAAGAAGUGCUGUUCGCGCGUUCGCCGAUCCCGAACUUCCUCAAUUAUCUUCGUCGCCGUCGUCGCGAAAAGGAAUCGAAGAAACCCGACGACGAUGAUGACGAAGAUGUGCUCGAUGACACAUCGUUCGACUUUGAUGACUCUUUCGAUUUCGCGCAGUUCGUCAGAACUCACGGGCAUCGAAUUGAUCACAUGAUCAAGAAAUGUCGAUGGAAAUCGCAGCCGUGUGGGCCUGAGAACUUCACCGCGGUAAUAACUGAGUUUGGUCUUUGUUACACGUUCAAUUCAGGUUUAAAGGGUCACCCUCUUCUAAAAGUUCAGCGAGCAGGAGUAGAUUAUGCUCUCAGAUUAUCCCUCAGCGUUCAACAGGAUCAAUAUUACGGAUCACUGAGAGACUCGUCUGGGUUCAAGGUCAUGGUGCAUGACCAGGAAGAACCACCACUGAUCAACGAACUCGGCUUUGCAAUUCAACCGGGGACACAUACAUUUUGUGGGCUCAGGAAGGAAGUAAUGCAUAAUCUUCCGCGUCCAUUCAAAACAGCAUGUGAAGACAAACACUUAGCGGGCUUCAAAAAAUACACCAAGUCUGCUUGCCUCCUGAAGUGCCGCGCUGAUUACGUCAUUAGUAUGUGUAAAUGUAGAUCGUACGAUUUGGAAGGCGAAGCCCCGCCCUGUCUACCACAGGAAGUCAAAAAUUGCGUUUGGCCUGCCAUGGAAAUCUUUCGAAAUGAAAGCAACAACUGCGAAUGCCCAGUCCCCUGUGAGAUCACCAAAUACCAAGUACAACUGAGUUACGCCCAGACCCCUGCCAAGCAUUUCUCCGAGGUACUGGCGCGGAGAAAACAUGUUCGAAAGGACGUCAUGAGACAUUACCUUAGGGACAACUUCCUCGAGUUAGAUGUGUACUUUGAGGAAAUGCAAGUCACUCUUAUAACCCAGCGACAAGCAUAUGAUCAGGAAAGUUUGUUUGGUGACAUUGGUGGUCAGGUGGGAUUGUUUCUCGGCGCCAGUAUUCUCACAGUGCUAGAAUUUGGUGAUCUGGUGGCCAGGAUUAUCGUUAAUAAAAUAAAACAAAGGAAACGCCGGCGCACUCGAACUGUUUGAUAUUGGGAGUUCCCGAGCGGAUCUCUGUCUAAUGAAUAACUUCCACGAAGGUUUCGAUUCCGGUUGGCCUCUCGGAAUAACAUAACCACCAGGAAGAACUUCAGAUGUUCUUGUUGAAAGUUACACAAGUGCUUUGUAGUAACUGGUACCAGAAGAGUUUUGGCUUUCGUCGUCCACUCAAAAAUAGCGCGAAAUAAUGAAACAUAGGUUACUACAGACUGACCGAUACCUGUUGACCAUGCAGAACACUUCACAUAAACUUUCACAAUAUGUUAACAGAAUAUUUGGUAGCUUGGCAAUCUUUCUGACAAAAACCGGAAAAUUAACAAGAGACAGGUGAUAGGUCAACAACCAGCGCUACUCUUUUUGUAGUACAACAGUAAACGAAGAGAAACGCAUUCAAGGAAAUUAGACAGUGAGGUGUUCAAAGUAACUUCCGUUACUGUUAAAAUGCAAUUUUUCAGCAGACCUUUCGAGCUACCAAACGGUAUCAACUCUUACGAGAAACUUUGAGAUAACUCUGAAAAUCAGAAUAACACCUUUUUUUCAGCUCAGGCGCGCGAUUGUUUAGGUUUCAAGAUUAACGUUGCGACUUGUUCAAGUUGAAAAGGUAUAGCAUGCUUUACAAAAACAAUUGCCAGUACUUUUUUUUAUAAAUCCUAAGUUAUUUUUCUAAAAAAAAUAAUAAACCAGUGUCACAGAAAGGAAGAAAAAAAAUCAGAAAAUGAACCACUUUAUUUGGAACCAAGAGAUUAUCAAAGUAAGAAAAUGAAUCCCCUAGAUUGGUUUCCUGCUGGGGUUUAAUUCAAAUUUUGCUAACCCUAACCCCGACCUUUGCAUAUGGAAGUACCACAGUACCCCCACCCCACCCCGCCCCCUCCAGGACGCUGUCGAGCAGAAGGUUCAGGAGAAUAAUAAUUGAUGUCCUUUCAAAUUCUCAUUAUAUAAUAAGCUUAGUUGUAAAUAGAGUUACUUCAGUUGAACGUGGUUUUUAUAUAGUUACAUAAUAUGACGAUUUACCUUUUUUGACAGUAUUUCAUAACAUUCCCCCAAUAUGAAUCUGUUAUAGCUCUUUAUUAAAUUCAUUACAUAUAUAUCUCUCUCUUUUUUUACCAAAAUAAUGCAGACUUUCAUGAGCAAUUGGCGAACUAUAAACUUGAGCUAAUUUUAACUAAAAAACUGCAAUAUCGGAACUUGUCGUUAAAGAGUGACUUUACAAAAGAUGUAAGUUAAAUGCUAAUUCGUAUCUACUUUUGACAAUUAUUUUACCAGUUUUGAUAAAAACAAUAUUUCUCUGAAAAUAAUAAAAUCGUUUCAAUGCAAUUUAGCCGCUAAAAACGUUGUCAGCAAAGAAUGAUCUGUAUACUGCGAGAUAAAAACAAUCUUUACCCUAAUUAAACUUAAUAAUAUAUAGUUUAUGUAUGAUGUAAUUUGUCUGAAAAUAAUAAAACCGUUUCAGCGCAAUUUAGCUGCUGAAAACGUUGUUAUUAGGAUAGAGUGAUCUGUAUACUAUGAGAAAUUAUAUUUAGCUGCCCCCCGUCCCCACCCCACCCCCCAAAAAACAAUAUCGGAAAACCCCAUCAUGAAAUUCACAGCAAUAAAGUUUGGGAUUUAUCUGCAAUACUUAUGACAAUAACAAUAACAGCAUCUUAAGAUUACAAACUAUUCAAUGUGUUAUUUUAACCUAGCCCAAUGACAGUGUUCAACGUAUAUAUGUCUUCUACUUUAUAACAAUAAACACGUAAACAUACGAUAAAGAGGUUCGAGCUUAGACUAAGACUUAAAUCAAAUUAUUUCCACGAAAGGAAAUACAGCGGCAAAUUCUAUAAUCAAGCAACGCGACACCCAGGUUUUUUUAACAGAGGAAACUUACACCUGGCUCCCGCGUGAGAUUCAAAGGCCAUCUCUCUGACAAGGUAUCAACUGAUGCGUCAGUUUCAAGUGUCCCCAAUUACAUUACUUGCAAAAAAUUUAGGACAAUUUUAAUUUCGGACAAAAAGUGUCCGAAAAUAAAACCGUUGGAAAUUUUUAAGCGUCCGAAAUAUUUACAGCACAGUAUAAAACUUUAACGUAGCUCCAGAGCUCUUAGUUUCCUUCAUGGAGCGAACUCUAGCCGAGACACUGAUUGAGAUAUGAAACGUGUUAUUAUAUCGUCGGUGUAUCUGUAAAACCUUGAAGAUGAGGAAAACUAUCAUUUUUACAAAUGUUGUUUCAGUUUAAUUCGUGUUUGUAGGCGUAAACUUACUUCAGCUAGCUUAUAGCAAAGUGUCCGAAAUUUCAGUCCGAAAUUUAUCCGACAUGAGAUAAAAGGUGCUCGAAAAUUAAACGUCCGAAACGUAUUGCAAGUAAUAUAUUAGGCUCCUUGUAGGGACAGCCAGCCAGUAGAAGUUGACACAAAAAUAAAGUUGUUGAUUGAUCGAUCCUUCACACUUGGAAGUUAAUUCACAAGUUGUCUAAAUCC